AUGAUUGAUACAGAAGCAUUUGUUAGAAAUUCCCCUUUCAAAUUGACUCAUAAUGAUUCUAGUGAUAGAUAUAAUCUUAACAACACUACACCUGAUUUAUUGAAAUUUCAACUUCAAGAACAAUAUAGAAGUACUAUGUCUGAAUUACACAAGGAUGCUUUGGAUACCACUAAACAUCAUUUGGAUGAUAAUGAUAAUGAUAAUAAUAAUAAUACUACUACUACCAAUAUGAAUUUUUCCAACGGUCAAACAUUACAGGAUUCAUUUAGUAAUCACUUACAAUCACAAUUAGAUUCAGAUGCCAUUCAUUUAAGUACAUCCACGGGGAAUUUAUCUAUUUAUUCAACUACAACGUCCACCUAUGUUGAAGAUGAAACGGACCAGAAUCAAAACAAACUUCUUGGUGAAAAUGACGAUGCAAACAAUUUAGAUUCAUUUAUUUCAUCACAACUAAACAAACCUAAUUAUCUUAAUUUGAAAAUAUUGAUUGAAAAUUCAAUAUUUGAUACCAAUAAAAUCACUCAAACUUCAAUAUUACCUUUGAAUGAAGUUCGUAUACUCAAACAGGUGAUAGAUGAAAAACAAGAUUUACAACAAUAUUUGUUAUCGAAAAUAGCGAUAUCACAAUCAUUUUUCAAUGAUGUUAUUGUUAGUCAAGACCAAGAUAUUGAAAAGGAAUUAUUAAUAAAAUUAAUGAAAACUCAAUCUUCAUUACAAUCAAAAUUAAUUUCAACAACUACUGAACUUGAAUCUUUAAAAGAAAAAUUGGCUAAUCACAAUAUUUCAUGUUUAGUUUUAGGUUAUAUUGAAGAUGUCAAAGCAUCUAAAAAUUUAAGUGCCAAUACAACUUUAAAUCAAUCACCAAUCAGUUCUCCUGGUAAAAUACCCAAUAAUAGAGAUCCAACUUCUCCAAAUAAAUACCAUUUCCCUGAUCGUAUGAGUCAAUCUCAAACCAUGCAACAUCUUGAUAGUUUAUUUGCUCAUGUUGCUAGUGUGGCAGCUCAACGUAACAUUCCCUUACCUUCACCACCAGCUACCGAUGGAUUUGAUGCCAAAAUAACUUGGGUUCAACAAUGUAUUGAUUCCAUAUUAUCUGAAGAAAACACUAGUACCAUGAGUACUAAACAAACUAAAGCAUUAUCAAGGGCAGCAAGUAAAACUAGACAAGAAUAUAAAACCGCAUUAAAUGAUUUAAGAUUUUCUUAUGAAUAUUUAUCUAAAGAAUAUGAACAUUCACGAGAUUCAUCUAAUAAAUUGAUACAUGAUUAUAGAAAGAAAAUAAGUCAAUUGGAAAGAGAUUUAAAGACUAGAUCAGCCAACGUUGAAGAAUUAAUGACACCACCAACAACAACAACUGGAUCCAUUGGAUCAACAAGACCUAUCACCACCACCACCACCUCAACAUCAACAUCAUCAACCUCACCUUCAAUUUCAUAUGAUUUACUAGAAAGUAAAGAUAAAGAAAUUUCUCGACUUCGUAAAGAAUUGAAUUUAUUAAAAAUUGAUAAACUUGGUAAAUCAUAUGGUAAUAAUCACAAUAAUAAUAGUACAUCAUCAUUUUUACAAUCACCAAAUUUGGAUAAUCAUCAACAAAAUGCAUUUACUUCUGUAUCACCAAUCACAGGAGAAUUCUUAAAUAUACCUGAAUUAUCAACCCUGCCUAAUGGAGGAGAAGAUGAAGAUGAAAAUGCUACAAUAAAUUCUCAUACUUCUCAUACUAGCAAUAAUGGGAAUAAAAGACCAGUAUCGAUAUCAGGAUUUAGUAAUGGGAUAUUAAGAAAAGAAUUUAAAAAAAUAGUGAGUGAUAUACAAGAUCAAUAUGAAAUGGAAUUAGCUGAAGAAAGAUUAAGAAGAAGAAAAUUACAAGAACAAUUAGAUCAAUCAGGGGUGGUGGGGAAAUAAUAG